GGUCUUAAACAAGGAAAAUAAAAGGUUGUUUUCAUACUUUGUUCCAGUAAAGGUUUACAACUAACUUUUAUUAGGGGACCAAUAAAAACAGCAGAAACCUUGAACCUUGGAUCCGGACUAUCAGCAGAUUAAACUGAAACAACGAAAAGCCUUUUUUCAGACAAGCAGGAAGAGGCUGGAUGAAAACAAGCAUGAGCUGAAGACCCAGUGGAGGAUUGGAGCAUUUCAAGAAGGAUGUCUAAAAAGAAUAAAAACCCACCAGCAUCAAGCACUGUGUCCUUAAAGAGUGAUCAAUCUGCAGACUAUCCUUUAAACUUUAAAGAAGGACGUCAGUCCCCUGAAACAAGAAUGUCUCGAGAGAAGAAAAACCUACCAGCAUCAAGCACUGUGUCCUUAAAGAGUGAUCGAUCUGCAGACUAUCCUUUAAACUUUAAAGAUGGACACCAGUCCCCUGAAACAAGAAUGUCUCGAGAGAAGAAAAACCUACCAGCAUCAAGCACUGUGUCCUUAAAGAGUGAUCGAUCUGCAGACUAUCCUUUAAACUUUAAAGAUGGACGUCAGUCCCCUGAAACAAGAAAGUCUCGGGAGAAGAAAAACCUACCAGCAUCAAGCACUGUGUCCUUAAAGAGUGAUCAUUCUGCAGACUAUCCUUUAAACUUUAAAGAUGGAUGUCAGUCACCCAAAGCAAGAGUGUCACCUGAGGAGAAAAACUUGCCAGCACCAAGCGCUGUGUCCAUGAAGAGUGAUCAAUCUGCCUACUAUCCUCCAAACUUUAAAGAUGACCAUUGGUCACCUGAAACAAGGAUGGAGCAGGAGGGACCAGAGAUGCUCAGAGGACAGUCUGAGCAGCAGAUACAAACAGAGCUUGAUACCAUCUUUACGCUUCUUGAAAAGAACAUUGCCACAUUUGUGAAGAAUGAGCUGAACAAGUUCCGUGAGUCUCUGAAACCAGAUUUUGCUAAAUCUUCAACCAGCCAGAAAGAGAAAGAGGAGGUGGGUUCUGAUGAUGCAGAGCCUAGACAAAGAAGUAGAGCGGCCUUUCUGAAUAUCACUCAGUACUUCCUGAGGGAAAUGAAGCAGGAGAAGUUGGCUGAUCUUCUACACAGCAAAAGCAUUGCCCCAGAGUGCCAAAGCAAAAUGAAAUCCAAUCUAAAGGAUAAGUUCCAAUGUUUGUUUGAGGCAAUCGCUAAAAUGGGAAACCCAACCCUUCUGAAUGAGAUCUACACAGAGCUCUACAUCACAGAGGGAGGAACUGAAGAGCUGAAUGAAAAACAUGAGGUCAGACAGAUUGAAGCAGCAUUCAGGAAAGCAGAAACAAGCAUCAGACAUGUGGACAUCUUUAAACCUCCACCUGAAAGAAAAGAACCAAUCAGAACCGUGAUGACAAAGGGAGUGGCUGGCAUCGGGAAAACAGUCUUAACACAGAAGUUCACUCUGGACUGGGCUGAAGGCAAAGCCAACCAGAACAUCCACUUCAUAUUUCCAUUCACUUUCAGAGAGCUCAAUGUGCUGAAAAAGAAGUUCAGCUUGAUAGAACUCAUUCAUCACUUCUUCCCUGCAACCAAAGAAGCAAAAAUCUGGAGUUUUGAAGACUUCCAGAUCAUCUUCAUCUUUGAUGGUCUGGAUGAAUGCCGGUUUCCCCUUGAUUUCCGCAAGACUCAGGUUCUAAGUGACCAUAAAAAGCCUGCCAAAGUGGGUAAGCUUCUAACAAAUCUCAUCAGGGGGAAUUUGCUUCCUUCUGCUUAUAUCUGGAUAACCACAAGACCUGCAGCAGCCAAUCACAUCCCUGCUCAACUCACGGACAUGGUGACAGAGGUGAGAGGGUUCAAUGAUCCACAAAAGGAGGAGUACUUCAGGAAGAGAUUCAAAAAUGAGUCACAGUCCAGCAGAAUUAUCUCUCACAUCAAGUCAGCACAAAGCCUCCACAUCAUGUGCCACAUCCCAGUCUUCUGCUGGAUCACUGCUACAGUUCUAGAGGAUCUGUUGAAGACCAGGGAGGUGGAAAAGCUCCCCAAGAGCCUGACUGAGAUGUACAUCCACUUCCUGGUUGUUCAAGCCAAAGUCAAGAAAGUUAAGUAUGAUGGAGGAUUUGAGACAGAUCCCCACUGGACUUCACAGAGCAGGCAGAUGAUUGAGUCUCUGGGAAAGCUGGCUUUUGAGCAGCUGCAGAAAGGAAACCUGAUCUUCUAUGAAUCCGACCUGAUAGAGUGUGGCAUCGAUGUCAGAGCAGCCUCAGUGUACUCAGGAGUGCUGACUCAGAUCUUUGUUGAGGAGAGAGGACUGUAUCAGGACAAGGUGUUCUGCUUCAUCCAUCUGAGCAUUCAAGAAUUCCUUGCUGCUCUUCAUGUGCACCAAACUUUCAUCACCUCUGGAGUCAACCUCGUGGAAGAACAAAAUACAGAACCAAAAAAGACAGAGGUGACUACAAUAACAAAGAUAGUUUUCUAUCAAAAUGCUGUGGACAAAGCCCUACUAAGUCCCAAUGGACACUUGGACUUGUUCCUUCGUUUUCUCCUGGGUCUUUCAGUGCAGACCAAUCAGAAUCUGCUUCGAGGUCUGCUGACAAAGACAGAAAGUAGUUCAAAAGCCAUUAAUGACACCAUUCAAUAUGUCAAGGAAAAGAUUGAAAGAAAACAAUCCACAGAAAAGUACAUUAACCUCUUUCACUGUCUGAAUGAACUGAAUGACAAUCUUUUAGUGGAGGAGAUCCAAAAUUUCUUGAGUUCAAGAAGUAUCUCGACAGACAAGAUGUCUCCUGCACAGUGGUCAGCUCUGGUCUUCAUCUUACUGUCUUCAGAAAAGGAUCUGGAAGUGUUUGACCUGAAGAAAUACUCUGCUUCAGAGGAGGCUCUUCUGAGGCUGCUACCAGUGGUCAAUGCCUCCAACAAAGCUCUUUUGAGUGGCUGUAAUCUGUCAAAGAAAAGCUGCAAAAAGCUGUCCACACUUAUCAGCACAUCUAGUCUUAAAGAGUUGGACCUGAGUAACAACAACCUGACAGAUAAAGGAGUGAAGCUUCUGUCAGAAGGACUGCAGAGUCCUCACUGUGGACUGGAAGUUCUGAGACUGUCAGGCUGUCUGGUCACAGAGCAGGGCUGUGCAUCUCUGGCCUCAGCUCUGGCCUCCAACUCCCACCUGAAAGAGUUGGACUUGAGCUACAACCAUCCAGGAGAAACUGGAGAGAAUCUACUGAAAGCUGCUGUGAAGAAACCUCCGAGAAGACUGAAAACUGUACUCAGAUUGGACCAUGCUGGAGUCCAGAUGCUGACAGCUGGCCCCAGGAAGUAUGUGGCUCGACUCACUCUGGAUUUAAAGACUGCCCACAAGAACUUGAAGCUGUCUGAUGACAACCGCAAGGUGAAUGCAGUGGAAGAGGAACAGCCGUAUCCUGACAACCCUGACCGGUUUGACCAUUUUCAGCAGCUGCUUUGCAGCAAUGGUCUAACGGGGAGGUCCUACUGGGAAGUAGAGUGGAAGGGAAUGGUGAACAUUGGCAUCACUUACAAAGGAAUCAGGAGGAAAGGAGAGAACGCUGACUGCAUACUGGGAGGCAACGACCAGUCCUGGAGUUUGUUCUGUUCUGGAAGCACCUACUCUUUUCACCACAACAGCCAACAGACAGAAAUUCCUGCACUGUCCAACUCUGACAGAGUAGGGGUGUAUCUGGACUGGCCCUCUGGCUCUCUGUCUUUCUACAAAAUCUCCCCCCCAUCUGAUCUGAUCCACCUCCACACCAUCAGCACCAAAUUCACAGAGCCGGUCUACCCGGCCUUCAGGGUCGGGUUUCAGUUUGGUUAUGUGGCUUCUUCAGUGUCACUGUGUGAGCUGAAAUAGGUGUCUGUGCUCUAGUGCAGUGGUCACCAAACACCAGGCCGCGGACUGGUGCCGGCCUUUUUUUUUUUUGAGUCCUGGAGUAUUCGCUGAAUCAGCUUGAGUGCUAAAAGCGGUCUGGCGGCGUGGAACACAAGAAAAGUUGCUUUUGGAAACCUUCUUUGCAAAUGGAUUGGAUAAGUGCAGGACCAGAAGAACAGACGGAAGAACAGGCAAUUCCCACACACCCUGCCUGUUUGCAGAGAGAUGUGACUUUCAAGAAUGAAUCUAAUCUUUUGAACGGUCACAGAAAUGCUGAAACUAGCUCAUCAAACCAGCCAAAUUCAUUAUUUUACAUUUAAUAAUUAUUUUGUUGAAAGUAAAUGUUUUAUAAGUAAAGUUUUAUAUCUUUAAGUGGUUAUUUAAGCUGAUGCUGAAAAGAUGUUUACUUUAUGUUAAAAUAAUCUAUGUUAAGAUUACAAUUAAAUAAUGCCACAUCACAGAUUUGUGUUCUUAGAUUGAAGCCUGAGAUGUUGGAAGCGACACAGUUUUUUGAACGUGUGAGUUUUGUAAUUAAGAUCAACAGUUUGAACCAAGAACAAGUCUCACUCGCGUAUCAAUAACAGUUGCUGGACAGGCUUCAAAAAGUGGCACAUAAGAAGAAGAAGAAUAGUGCAGAGUGCCACUACAUCUGGUCAAAAAAAAAAAAACUAGCUUAAAGAGCGGAUCGCAUGGACGUCAUGACGAAGGGAUUUGCUCUCCGGUGGACGGGAGACGGACAGAAAAGCAUCCACUGACGCUCAUCGAAAGACUGUCACGCCCUCCGCUUUCCACAGAUGAAGGUAUCUCCUAUUUUUCCCUUAAGAAAUUACAAAGACUUCCACGUGUUGGAAGAAAAGUAAUGGGUAACAGUGCUGGACACAUUGUUGACUGAAAGUCAAGCAAAUUUAAAAGUGCUAAAAUAAUAUGAAUGCUCAGUAGAUAGAAGCAGUAGCCACACAUCAAGGCAAAAACAUCCACCUGAAGCUGUUAAAAAAGAGAAAAUGUCCAUGACGCCAGAGUCUACUGCAAACAUUCAUGCACAGCCAACAAUCAAACGAUGUCGCUGUUUCAUCCUGUGCCGAGCUAUCAGCCUAACACCCAGACAGACGACAGAAAAGGUGAUGACUUAAUAGCAUUCAUGCAAAAACAGAAUGUAAUUCUCGUGAAACAGCAGCAACUCUCUCAGAUACCAACAAAGGACAUCCCAGUGUUCAGAGGUGAUGCUCUACAUUUUAAAUGUUUUAUAAGAGCUUUCAAACAGAGAACUGAUGAUGAGAAAGAUAAACUUUACUUCAAUGAACAGUUUACAGUUGGGGAACCUCAAGAGCUUGUUUGCAGCUGUGCUCACUAGACACCUAGCAGAGGCUAUCAGAAGGCAAAACAACUGCUUCAAAACCAAUAUGGGGAUGAACUGUGAUACCUGCUGCACAUGUUGAUAAGGCAUUAAAUUGGCCUCAAGUGAAAUCAGAUGACGCAAAGGCUUUAACUGCUUAUACAGUCUUUCUGAUUGGAUAUCUGAACACAAUGAAAGGCGUGGAAUAUUUGGAUGAGAUGGAUAACCCUACCAAUCUGCGGACAGUGGUGUCUAAACUGACGUACAAAAUGAGAGAGCGUUUGGCAGACUGAAGCUUUUAAUAUCAAUUAUUAUUAUUAACUAAUAACUAUUAUUAUUAUUAAUAUUCUUAUUAUUAUACCACAUGUAAGUAAACCCACCUGAAGGUUUCUGAAAACAGGCAAGAAAUUCGCUUCCUGGUUGUGGGCGGGGCCUCUGGCAUGUAGCAACCCCGCUACUGAGAGGUCUUUCUUUCUAGCUUAUAGCUACCCCCAAGUAGGGGUGGGCGAUAUGACGAUAUAAAACUGUCUUACUGUCCAAAGCUGGCGAUCUGUCAUUUUUGAGAGAUCGUUUUAUCACGAUCUUCUACGAAAAGCUGCAAGAGCGAGAAGGCAAAAGCUUAUUGACUGCCUGUGACUUUAAAUCCGAGCUGCUCCUCCUCCACGAGAGGCAUGCUAGUUUGGUUCUUUAUGAUUUUCUUUAUAAAUGUUUCAUGUUUUUAAACAUAGUGGAUGUUAAUCGCACAUAUUCACAUUCAACCUGGGCAAAAACUGAUGGAAAUAUAUAUUGGAAACACGUAAAAUAUUUGGUCAAGAUGCACGUUGCUGUAUUGUUUUGCUAGCUUGUAGCUAGCUACUUUAAGAGCCUUUAUCUUAUUGUUGAUUGCACUUUUCUUUUUUUUUUGUAAGAAGUGUAAUGAGUUCGCACAUAGUUUUCUUACUCCGUGGAGUUACUUUAUUCUUGGUCGUACAGACCGAAGGAAGCCCAGCUAGAACAUACAGCGCUAACGCUAGCUUUCUAGCAGAAGUUUUAAUCAUCGGUCCUGAAGACAAGAAAGAAAGAAUUUUACCCAAGCUCAAUAAUUUGAAUCCUUCUCAAUGUGUGAGAAACCUGGGCGUACUCUUUGACUCUGAGCUGAAUUUUAUUCCACACAUUAAAAACGUUGUUAAGACAGGAUUUUAUCAUCUUAAAAAUAUCGCCAGAGUCCGCCCAUUCCUCUCUCUUGCCAGCACAGAGAUGCUGAUGCAUGCUUUUAUUUUUUAGUCGUUUAGAUUAUUGUAAUGCCCUGCUCUCUGGUUUACCUAAAAAGUUACUGUCAAAUCUACAACUUCUUCAGAACUCGGCGGCACGAUGCCCCUUAUAGUCAGGCUGGGUCUUGAAUAAGGGGAUUCUCGUAAUAUCGUUUCUACACAGUAGUACCAAGCCAGAUUAUUCUCAGAGAUCUGCAGUUUUUACUCUUUAUUCACUUUUAUUGACAAGGAUCCUAUUGGGGGGAACUGGGGGAGAGAGGGAUGUUCGUUGUGUGUCUUUGUGUAAAUUUGUUUUUAAACACUCUGUGCUUUUAAUAUGUAUUUUAUUUGGUUUUAUGUUAAGUGCCUUGUGUUUCGGCCGAAGAAAAGGCGCUAUACAAAUAAAUAAAGUUUGAAUUUAAAGUACUGCUCAGUGACAUAAACACGGCAGAGAGCAGAUGUUAGUGAAGGAGCUGUGGAUGCAAACUUUAACCUGUCACAACAUUUACUGCUAUUAUCUCUGUGUUUUCAAUCUUAACAGUUUGGCAGAUGUAUUUAAUGUUUUCAUCCAAGUUCAAAAGAUGUUUUUGUAUCAGUUAAGAUGCUAGCUGGAGCCAUUUUAUCAAAGUACAAUGACAUUUUCCAUUUGAAGGUGGAUUCUGAAGCAAUUGAGGUUUAUUUACCAUGUAUGUAA